AUGGUGGAAGCCAAAGUUUUUGAGAAGUAUCUUGGCUUACCCUCAUGUGUUGGAAGGAACAAGUUAGCAUCUUUCAGACCAGUAUUGGACUCUAUAAGGAAUCGUAUGCAAAACUGGAAAGUUAAAUUCAUUUCAAAUGCUGGAAAAGAAGUGUUAUUAAAGUCAAUAGUCCAAGCAAUACCUACAUACUGCAUGAGCAUUUUCAAGUUGCCAAAAACUAUUCUUAAUGCUAUGAACAAACUUAUGCAAAAGUUUUGGUGGGGCAGUCGAGAUAACAAAAUCAAGACUCAGUGGUUGCCAUGGAAAUUACUUGGAAAGAAUAAGGCUAAAGGUGGACUAGGAUACCGAGACUUUGAACAUUUCAACCUGGCUCUAUUGGCCAAGCAGGGGUGGAGACUAAUACAACAGUCACAAUCUCUAGCAGCCAAGGUGAUGAAAGCUAAAUACUAUUUCAGGUCAGACUUCCUCAAUGCAAAACUGGGCAGCAAUGCUUCUUUUUUGUGGAGGAGUUUUUUGGAAGCUAAGAAAGUUUUAGAGGAAGGAUUGAUAUGGAGAAUUGGAAAUGGGGAAGGAGUUAGCAUAUGGAGAGACAAAUGGAUCCCUCAACCAACCACAUUCAAAGUGCAGACCCCAUUAGACCAGAGGCAUGCAUGCUGGAGAGUCAGUAAUUUGAUUGAUGAGCAUUCCAAAACAUGGAACAUGUCGAUUUUGAGGAGUGUGUUCACAGAAGAAGACAUCAGUAACAUAAGCAGAAUACCAAUUAGUUGGUGUGGCAACCCUGAUAAACUUAUUUGGAGGUGCUCCAAAGAUGGCAAAUUCACUGUAAAGAGUGCAUAUCAUUUGUAA